AUGUCUUCGGGCGCCAAGGCAUGGCUUGGAGCUCUCCGAGAGGUAUAUGUUUUAUUUGAAUCGCCGCUUGGCCACGCCUUUCUUGGUUCCUUGCAAGGAGAGAACAGCGGCGCCACACCCUUGGACGACAUGCCCCACGCUGCGAAGGGCCGCAAGGUGGCCUUAAACUUUACAACGCCCAGUGCAGUAGCCCGAUCUUUGCUCCAGAGACUCAAGGCGAGGUCCUUGCCGGUUGAAGGCCUGGAGGGUUUCUCGGACUCUCAGCCACUGCCCAUCAGCUGGGGUGAAAUUCUCCCACUGACGUAUUUGCGAAGCUAUGGUAAGCUGCCGCCAGUGGUGCCGAUGUCAUUUCCUUUAAGGCGGUUCAACCACUCUGCUGAGAUGUUUGAUGAGCUGCUUUUGUUGGGAUCGGAGAUUGGACAGUUCUUGGAUCAGUUGCCACAGAGAGUUCUAUGGUUGGUCUCUGCUGAUUUGGCGCACACUCACUUGAAGACUGGUCCAUAUGGCUAUUGCCCUUGUGCCCAGCCAUACGAUGAUGCUUGCAGCAAGUGGGCUGCUGCUGGUGGCUCCCUAGAAGCCCUGCAAGAUGCCAAAGAGUAUCAGAGAAAAGGUGCCAUGUCCUGCGGAUUCACAGGGCUGGUGGCCCUGCAGGGUUUCUUGAAGGCCGCAGGAUGGAAAGGAACCGUCUUGGCCAAUGAGCACCCGACCUAUUAUGGGAUGAUGGUGGCCAAGUUCUCCCCAGUGGCAUUCGUGGUGUGA